AACUUGCCUCCGAUAAGUCUCUUCUUUUCCUCCUCCUCUCCUGCACUGUCUAACACCAGCGGAGCUCACCAUCACCUCCCGUCAGGUUUUCGCUCUGUUGGAUGCUCAAAGAUUUCUUUAGAUGGAUUAUCUUCAAGUGUUUGGACUUAGACUGUUUCAAGACUCUGUUAGGUGUUAACGGGAUCUAUCUCACACGAUGGAAUCAGCACAUCUGGGAACAUCAUAAAGACAGACAGGACAACAAAAUUUUAUGCAGUGGCAGAUUCUUCAGUGGCAGUGCUGGUGUCGUACGUAACCCAUGGACCUCAGGGUGGGAGAGCGGGGGAUGUGCCCUGGUUCAGACACAGCGCUCCUCGCACCACUGCACCCGCCUUUACUUCUCGCCCCAUUCUCCCCUCAGCCCCGCACCUCCUUCUCCCAACAACAAUUGCACCAGCACAUCAGGUUUAACAUGGAGCAGAGAAGGCGAGAGCAGGAGCACCACGAGAAACAACAUGAGUUGCAGCAGUUAAAACACAAAGACAAGAGUCAACAGAGUGCAGUGGCCAGUUCCCUGGUGAAACAGAAACUCCAGGAGGUGAUUCUUAAGAAGCAGAAACAGGCGGCACUGGAAAGAACAAACUCCAACACUCUGACUGCCCCGCCUGUAGCAUACAGAAAGCUGGGCCCAGACCCCAGUGCAUCCUCCCAGCUUUUGGUCUCGUCUCCGUCACAGCCUUCGUCUGAGGGUUCAGAGGGGACACCACUACGCAGAGCAGCAUCUGAGCCCAAUCUGAAGGUGAAACACAAGCUGAAGAAACACCUGAACACGCGCAAGAGCCCGCUCACCCGCAAAGAGAGUGCCCCGCCUACUGUUAAACACAGAGUACCUGACACAUUGGACUCGUCCCCCAGCAGCAGUAGCACUCCUGUUUCUGGCUGUAGUUCUCCUAAUGACAGUCUGCCCAAUGAGAAUGGGCUACUGCCAUCUGCAGGUGGCCUCUCACAUGAGGCCCAGAAGCUGCUGCUUAGAGAUGGCACUCUAGCCAACUUCACCAUCCAGAGUCCCUCCACUCUGCCCACCAUCACUCUGGGACUACCAGCCAACGUCAGGGCUGAGGAGCUGUCUUCUCCUAAGGUCGGCCGGGUACCAGUGGUUACAGCUGGGGGCUCGCCGGUCUUCCUCCCUCUGAACAGAGAGGAUCAGGCUGGGCAGCUGAACCCUCACCUGCCUGUCAUCAUCCUGGAGCCCUCUGGACUGGUACCCACUCCGCUACUCACAGUUCCAGGCCUAGACCCUGUCCCACUACAGUUUGCCCCCCAGAUAGAUCUCCUGGCUCCAGGAGGCGUUCAGCCCCACAAGCCCCUGAGCAGAACACGCUCGGAGCCCCUCCCCCAGAGCCCGCGGACCCUUCAUACACAUCUCCUACAACAACAGCACAACACACAAGUACUGGAGAGGCUAAAACAGCAAACUCACCUGGGCAAGCUGAUGUCUAAGUCCAGCGAGAAGCCCAGACUGCAUCAGAUCCCCUCUGAGGAAAUGGACUCAGAGGAUGGUGGCAGGAUGUCGCCCACAGAGCCAACCUAUCAGGGCAGAGUGAGGUCGAUGAGGGAGGCGGGACCCACAGCAUCCAAGAGCCACAAAGAGCAAAUGAACCUGGAACAUGCACUCAUACUCAACCAGGUUGGAAAACAUAGCAUACUUUCACAUUCAUUGCUAUGGGAACAGCAGAAGCAGCUGCAACAGCUGCAUCGACAGAUGGAGAACCUGGCAGUACCCAUGUUACGCGGCAGCGGCAGGGUUGGUAGUGGGAUAGGUGUCCAUCGCCCCCUGUCACGUACACAGUCAUCGCCAGCCUCUACCUCUCUCACUCUGCCUGAGAAACCCCUAAGUCUUGCCGCACAGGAUACCAGCAGCAAACCACGCUUUACCACUGGCCUGGUAUAUGAUUCUCAGAUGCUGAAGCACCAGUGUACAUGUGGAGACAACAGCAGUCACCCAGAACAUGCUGGGAGGAUUCAGAGCAUCUGGUCCCGACUACAGGAGAGAGGCCUGAGGGGACAGUGUGAGACUAUCCGUGGUCGUAAAGCCACUCUGGAGGAGCUGCAGUCAGUCCAUACUGAGCGCCAUGUGUUGCUCUAUGGCACCAACCCGCUCAACAGGCUCAAACUGGAUAACCGCAAACUUGCUGGAAUUCUAUCUCAAAGGAUGUUUGUGAUGUUACCAUGUGGAGGUGUAGGGGUUGAUAAUGACACCACCUGGAAUGAGUCACACACCUCUACGGCAUCACGCAUGGCAGCAGGCAGUGUUGUUGAGUUGGCCUUCAGAGUGGCUAAAGGAGAACUAAAGAAUGGCUUUGCUGUGGUCAGACCGCCAGGGCAUCACGCAGACCCCUCCAAUCCAAUGGGUUUCUGUUACUUCAAUUCUGUGGCCAUAGCUGCCAGGCAACUGCAACACAAGCUCAGUGUCAGCAAGAUCCUCAUUGUUGACUGGGAUGUUCACCAUGGUAAUGGCACCCAGGAAGUGUUCUACAGCGACCCCAGCGUUCUCUACAUCUCGCUUCACCGCUAUGAUGAUGGAAACUUCUUCCCUGGCAGUGGGUCGCCAGCUGAGGUUGGUUCUGGAGCAGGUGAGGGCUUCAAUGUGAAUGUGGCGUGGACAGGAGGACUGGACCCACCCAUGGGAGAUGCUGAGUACCUCGCUGCAUUCAGGUCUGUGGUGAUGCCCAUUGCGCAGGAGUUCUCCCCAGAUGUUGUUCUUGUGUCGGCUGGGUUUGAUGCCGCAGAGGGCAACCCUGCUCCUCUGGGAGGAUACAAGGUCUCUUCCAAAUGCUUCAGCUUCCUGACCCGCCAACUAAUGUCUCUGGCAGGGGGUCGUCUGGUUUUGGCCCUUGAGGGAGGUCACGACCUUACAGCUAUCUGUGACGCAUCUGAAGCCUGUGUCAGUGCACUCCUGGGCAUACAGGACCCACUGCAAGAACAAGUUCUACUCCAAAAUCCCAGCGCUACCGCAGUGUCCUCCCUGCAGACUGUCAUACAGAUACAAAGUCAGUACUGGCAGAGUGUAAAGGCUUACUGUGGAUCAGUGGGUCUGUCCUACCUGGCUGCUCAGAGAAGAGACUGUGAGGAAACAGAUGCUGUCAAUGCUUUGGCCUCACUCUCUGUGGGAGUCCUUUCCAACAAAAGCCUUUCCUCCAGCCUCCCUGACGAGCCAAUGGAGCAUGACAGUGACUCCAUGUAGAAGAAUCUGACCAAUCACCUCACAGAACUCAUUUUCAGGAACCUGUAGCCUGGGAUCACCUGCGCUGUCACAUGACCAUGAAGGGGACAGGUUUGGGACAGAUCCAUCUGCCUUAUUCACUAACAUGCACAUCCACUAACACACAGUGCUGAACCUCUACAGACCUGCAGUGUGAUCACCUCAUUGCUGGUAACCACUCAGCUGAAACCAGCAGCACAACCUGCAGGUGCGAAACAAUCUGAAACUUCACCAAAGAGCAAAACAAGAUGAUUUUUAAUAGAUUUUUCAUGUCUCUUGACUGACAUCGGAUUGUGUGUGUUCAGAAGUCCAGUGCCACAGCUCUGUGACCAUAGCCUUUUUAGGAAUAGCCAGAAUUCAGAUACUGAUUCAUCUUGAAGCACUAUGUACCAGCAGCUGUUUUGUUUCCUUAACUUUGUCUAAACGAAACGACGCAACAUCAGGUUUCAAAGGAGGAGGAAAACAAGCAAACACAGAAUAAAUGGGAUGCAGAAUGGCUGACGCAGAAUUAAAGGUGUGUUAUGCAAUUCUAAUCCAAUACACGUCUUUUUGUCAAAUUCAGUGAAACUCCUCACGGCCUGCUGAAAGAAAAUCUGUUGUUUGUACUUCCCUGACUUUAUAAAUGAGAAAUAAACAAAGUGACUCGGCCCGUCCAGCCAUGAUUUGUGUGUCAGGUAACAUUAGAUUACUUUUGAGAUUGCCGAGAAUCAUGUUGUUGUGAUGUUAGCUAUGGUAGCAGGAGAUUUGUGAGUAUUGUGCUGUCUGAAGCUGGUCUGCUGGCUCUGGGAAACAGUCUUGUCCUCUGCAGCAGCAGAGCUUUGCAGCAUCAACUGUAGCAACAGUUUACUAACCCACAACUUACUUAUUACUUGCUGUGUCAUUCUCUCUAUAUCAUGGUAUUUGACAUGGAAUGGAUUACUCCAGAAUUGCAUACCCCAUCUUUAAACUUCAGGUGAAAUCGUAUAUGCAAAAAUAUCAAUACGAUGAAGUGGUCACAUCAUAAAUAAAGAAUAAAGAUGUCAUUACAUGCUGUUUAACCACUAAAAGAAGACCACAAAGAACUUGAGGGAAAGAGAGAAAACGAAGACACAAAAUGGACAACUUUGGUUUUGUACAAACAAAGAAAGGGCAAUUGUCCUUGUUAUUUUAUUGCACUGUUCAUUCCAUAAUGUGAACCAUUAGAAAUUCCAAAGCUCUGGGAAAAAAUACUCUGUAGGUUAUUUAAUAGUUGUUGUUGUUUUUUUUGGAUGAAUUGGAUGAAAUUGUGUUUGCUAUGUUUUUCCCACUCUUAAUCUGAGAUGUCUUAUAAAGUCUCUGACUUACUCUGUGGAGUUGAAUUUCUUAUGCAGUUAAUCUGAAAAGUGGGCAAGAUUUUCAGAGCAGGAUUAUUUUUCACUGCUGUUCAGUGUCUUAAAUGCACACACGUACACAUAUCUACACACACACACAUACAAAGCAAUGAUGAACUAUUGGUGUACCACUAGUAUUGAAUACUGUAUAUGAGGUAACUGAGGACCAUUGUAUUGUUCAAAAUAGUAGCAAUAAUGUUAAUGCACUUAAUGGACAUCACCCAAAGAGACCUGCCUUAAAACAGCCUGCACUUGGCAAUGGGACAGCAACACAGUGACUCUACCUUUAAGACAUAAUUUGAACCUAUGGAUUUAGGUAAACAUCAUAUAUGCAGAUGUUUGUAUACUGUUUGUUUUGAUGAUGUCUACAGUGACCUGGCCUGGUUUGAAUGUUUUGUCAUUGUUUAAAAAUCAGGUUUCAGGUUUUAUCACAGUCUAAUUAAGGAAACUAAUGCAUUGUGUUUUGUUUGGAAGUGAACUUGUGUUUUUCCAUAUUAUAGCAGCUCUUCUUGUCAUGUUACAAUCAACCUACACAAUGCCACGUUAAACAUGUCAGUUCAUAAUCUAAGCUGAUGUUUGUAGUAGAGGUCAUGUUGAUUAUUCAUUUGAAGAAUUUAUCUGACUGCCCUGCUAAACGGGCAUCAUCACUUCAAAAGUAAAACUAACAAGUCAUAUUUCUUAGUUUGGAUGUUAUUGUGCAGCAAAAUUAAAUUUGCCUAAGUUAAUUUUAUUGCACACUAGGUCUGACCUUUUCAUGAACAAUACCAAUACUAUAGAUAAGAUGCCUGAAUAAAGUGCAGUUUUUUUCCAGAUUGUUGGGUGUUAAAGCUUCUAAAUAGCAUCAAGACACUAAAACUGUGCAAUGAAACUAAUGAAAUUUCAUAUUUGACUACUUAGUUACAUGGCUUUGUCUGAAAAUGUUUGCUUUAGAGCUUUCCUUUGAGUUUUCACAUCCAUUGGUCUUAAAGCAGCACAAUAUGAUUUUCAAGUCUUGUUGGCAAAUAUUUGGUAAAAAGCACCUUGAUUUUGUGUUUGUGUGUAAAUGCAGCGUUUGUAAAAAUCGAGAUUGAAAUUAGCACAAUUAGCAAGUUUUUAGCAAGUAUUGUCAGUUUAGCAUCCAGGUAGGAAACUAAAGUUUGCUGUAGUCAGACCAUGGGCAUCGUCUGCCCAACAGAAGGCAUCAGAGCUUUAAUAGUAAACAAAAGGACAGUAGAAACCAAAAUAUUUUGCAGAAAUCCCACUGCUAUUGCACUACUGCUCCAGGAAUUAUGAAUGUUAAAUGGAGAAGUAGUGUUUUAUAAUUGCUACAACUUAAAAGCAUCAUUCUUAGGUGUUGUUCAUAGUAUUCUUAACAGUGAGUGAGGCAUUUUGACAAAACACGGUGUCUCUCUCAAACAGUGUACACAGCAGGUGCAUGUGGUGUGUAUAAAGAAAAUGUCUGAUUUGUCAAUGAGUGUAAGUGUGAAAGAGAGAGUGGCAGUGAUUACAUGUGCACUAGUACCAGUACUUUAGUCAUGUGUUUUGUUAAUGCAUUUGCAAGUGUCUGUGUGUGUGUGUGUAUGUGUGUCCGUCAAAUACUGUAAAUGACCUCUCCUGUAUUAUAUUCCAAGUGGCUGUUGUCUGAUGUAGAGGCCAGUAUUGCCUCAACUCUUAAUUCCCUUUAUUACAGAUGUCAUUUGUACCUUCUUAAAGAAAAACACUGUAAAUAGAAACUGCAAGACCAAAAUACACAUUUUACACAUGUGCCUUGAUGCAUUAAGUAGUAUGUGUAUUGGAAACUCUUAACUAACUGGACAUACAGUAACUCUAAACUAACUAACUAAUGAUGACAUUGAAAUCUUUGUUUCGGUAUAUUCUUUAUUAUUUACCUAUAUGUGUUAUGUUUCUUUUACAUUUCCUACCAUGUAUAUGUAUAGAAAGAUUGUCUAUUUUUGUCUCAUCCUCUUGAUUAAAGGAAAAAUUUCCAGUUAGUA